AUGAAAUUUUUAUGGGAUUUCUGUUAUAUAACUGAAGCUGGUCAAUUAACAAAUCAAGUUCUUGCAUUAAUGGAAGAAGUAAAAAAGAAAGAACUUGAAUUAUUUGAUCAAAAGAAAAAAAUUGCUGAAUUAGAAACACGAUUAAAACAACAACAAAAUUUAUAUGAAGCUGUUCGAUCUGAUCGUAAUCUUUAUUCGAAAAAUUUAAUUGAAUCUCAAGAUGAAAUUGGUGAAAUGAAACGUAAAUUAAAAAUAAUGAAUCAUCAAAUUGAUCAAUUAAAAGAAGAAAUUCAAGGUAAAGAACAAGAAUUAGUACGUGCACAAGGUGAACAUGAAAAAGUUAAAAAAGAUAAAGAUCAAUUAAUGUUAAAUGUCGAACAAUUAAAGAAAGAAGCAAUUAAAAAAGAAGAAGCUUAUGCAAAUCAACAAUCUGAAUUUGAACGUUUAAAUAAACAAUUAUCUGAAGCAAAUGAUGAACGUAAAAAACAAAUGAAACAAUUACAACAAGUCAUUGCUGAACGUGAUGUUCUCGGUACACAACUUGUUCGUCGUAAUGAUGAACUUGCACUUCUCUAUGAAAAACUUAAAAUUCAACAAUCAACAUUAAAUAAAGGCGAACUUCAAUAUAAAGCUCGUCUUGAAGAUUUACGUAUAUUAAAAUUAGAAUUAAAAAAAUUACGUCAUGAAAAAGGUACAUUACAAGAUAAGGUUUCAAAUACGGAUGAUCUUAAACGUGAAGUAUUUCAUGUACAACGUGAAUUAUUACGUGAACGUACACGUUGUCGUGCAUUAGAAGAAGAAUUAGAAAAUCCUAUGAAUGUACAUCGUUGGAGAAAAUUAGAAGGUAGUGAUCCAUCAACAUUUGAAUUAAUACAAAAAAUUCAACUACUUCAAAAACGUUUAAUACAAAAAACAGAAGAAGUUGUACAAAAAGAAUUAUUAAUACAAGAAAAAGAAAAAUUAUAUGCUGAACUCAAACGUAUUUUAGCUCGUCAACCUGGCCCAGAAGUUGCCGAACAAUUAUCUAUAUAUCAAGAAACAUUGAAAGCUAAAACAAAACAACUUAAAUCAUUAGCAAGUGAAGUUAAUAUGUAUGAGAGUCAAAUAGAUGAUUAUAAAUAUGAAAUCGAUAAACUUAAUAAACAAUUAACUGAAGUACGACAAAAAUAUUUCCUUCAAAAAAAGAAAGAAGCCAUGGCAAAAGAAAAAGAACGUCUCUCACAAAUGCAACAACUUUCAACAACAAUCAAUGGAAUUACAUUACAACAACCACCACCCGAUCUUAUUCAACCAAAUCGAUCAAGGUAA